AUGGACAAACAUGAUCUCUCUACUCGAGUAAGGUUUGGGAGUUCCCUCGAGCAGUUGAGACAGAGAUUUGAGGAUGUUGACGAUAAAAACGAGUAUGUUACCGCAAGAGACUCUUGGGGUAGGACUGCCCUCCAUGGCGCAGCCCUUUUUAAUUACUUUGACAUUGCUUGUCUACUCAUCGAGAAUGCCACAAGUAAAUCCACAUAUGUUAGGAUGAAAGACGACGAGAAUCAAACCGCCCUCCAUUUAGCGGCGGGUAAGAGAGGAUCUCUUCCGCUCGUGAAAGAACUCAUCAGACACCUAACCGAUGAUACCGUGAGCAGCUAUGUGAAUGAGGUUUCGAAAGAUGGUAGCACUGCCCUCAAUUCAGCAGUCGCUGCUGGCGAUGGCUAUACUACUUUCUUCCUCUUGGAAAAAGGCGCAAGCGUGGCAAAAAAAGAUUGGCGUGGAAAUAAUGCAUGGGAUAUCGCAUUGAAUUAUGGGGAACCAAAAUGGGGAGUCAUUGCUGCCUUAAUUCUUCAUGAAGGAAAAUGCGAUCCUAACGGCCUAUUGGUCUGGCUUGGCUGGGAGGUGAUAAAAAUCAACAGUGUAGGACUAGGUCAUUUCGUUCGCUACUCACGGGAAACCCUCAUAAACGACCCUCAAAUAACCGAUCAAUCCAUAGAAUGCCUCGCACGCAUCCUCGUCCAAGUUCGUCAAGCAUUCAAUGAAAGCCAGGAGGCACCCCAGCACCUGAGAUCUAGAGAACCCUCGUGUAUUUUCCAUACCUUAGAUUACCCUAUUUUCGGUUCGAAAGAUUUCAUUUCACUCGUGAUGCCUUUUAUUUCUGUCGACGAAUUGUUAACCAUGGCAAAGCGGAAGGCUAAGUCUAGUAAGGCGACCGAAUCACUAAGAUAUUGCAUUAGCAAAGACGGCGAAUGGCUCGAGAAUCAUAUGGCGCUCACUUUGGACGAGUAUUGUAGUCCAGCAUUGCCUCAAGAAGUUCUCAAGUUCCGUAACAGGGACCAGGUACUAGUUCGCCACGAGAGAAAAAGGCAAGAAAGGGGUAAUGCUACGGCAACAUUGACCAGCGAUAUCGGCGGAGAGAGUGCCCCAGGGCUACUGAAGGAGCUAUGGAUACUUGUGCGGCCGUACGUUAAUGAGCUUAGGCGUCUAAUAGAUCCACGAACGUGGAAAUUUUCCAAGCGUCGACCGCCCAAGGAAACGGUAGUGAAGAAGAAUUCAUCAUCAACAGAUGCGGUUUUUAUUCGCCAAGUUUGGAUUUGGAAAGUCGGCAGCUUCGCUAUCUCAACCCUACCACGGGAAAUUGCCAACGAUUUAUACUGGAAUGGGGCAUUCACGUAUACUGACAAACGCAUAGGUAUCGCAUUUAUCCUUAAACAUGUCAUAGAACUCAUUGAUAAACCCUCAAGCGAAACACCCAGGUCGCUCCUUAAAAUAUACGAAAAUGAGUUGUCCGUUAUUUCGGAGGAAGUGAAUCAGUACAUGAAGAGCGUGCUCGUUGAGGACAUUGAUAUCGACCAGGAAAAGGCCUUUUUCCAUCAGAUAAGCGACUUUCGCGAGGAGCUUUCAAUGAUAAAGUCGGUACUCGCUGAGCAGGAGGAAGUGUGGAAGGAAUUUAUGGGCAAGAUGUGGCCGAGACAAGAACUUGGUCAACAACAAGAUCGUACACUAAAUAGCGAAGAAACCGAACCUAGCUUGCCCCAAUUUCCAACUGGUUUUAGGAAUGAAGAAGAUUGGAACGCGGUUUGGCGACCUCGAGUCUUAUUUAACAAGUACCGACGGCGAAUCACGAAGCUUGAAGGAGAUGCUGAGAGGGUUGAGCGAAAUAUCUCGACUCAGCUAGACCUGAAGCAAAAGCACGCAGCCUUGAAAGAAGCCCACUCUACAGCUAUCGUGGGCGCAAUGGUCUUUGGCUUCACGAUCGUCACAGUUGUAUUUGCUCCCUUGUCGUUCGUUGCCGCACUCUUUGCACUUCCAAUAGACAAAUUCAAUGAAGGGAAAGACGGGCAUCAGAAGGAUGGCGUUUACUCAUCUAAUUACAUUGGAAAAUGGAGUGCGGCUACCGUACUCGUUUCAAUUGCUGUGACUUUGCUGGCAAUGUGGGUUGGGUUGCAGUUUGCAGGUCUCCACAUCUGGGGAAAGAAAGGGUUGAGAGCAUACAUCAGACAAAAAGCAAGUAAUAUCCACGCAGAAGAAAAGAGCCUAGGAGGGGAGGACACGGAAGAGGAGGACAUAGAAGAGGAGGAAGCGGAAGAGAGGAAUACGGCGGAGAGGAAUACGGAAGAGGGGGGCACGGAAGAAGGAGGGCGAGAGCAAACUGCUGGCAAUUGGACUAGGCUAAAGAGGACUAUAGGAAAAUGGCCUACCAACCGUGGUGGCAAUAGCACCACUGACGUUGAGCUAGGGCCGUUAGGGUCUCGACGUUGAUUGCUAGGUACCUGGG